UCGGCUUUCAGUUUUAUACGAGACUUCCCACUGAAUACAUUCGAAUUUCGGUGAAAUUUCGACGACUGGAAUUCAGACAACAGACCUGACUAAAAAGUGCAUAAAUACGCGUCAAAUAAAAAACAACUGAGACCAAGGCCCCAAAACAAAGUGAUUUCAAACAGAGUUCAUUGCACGCCAAAGAACAGAGAGACAAAGUGAAACGACCUCGCACAACGCGCCGUUCACAGAGAGAGAACAACACACCCACGUCCGCCAGGCCACCAUAACUGCACCGCGCCCCCCCACAAGGCGAAGGAAGAGAAAAAAGCUACCAGCAUGGAUGUUUGGGGAUUCUGUGUUAGCGACUCCACCAUGUCAUAUGGCGGAUCGAUGCGCAGCGGCUAUUACCGCGACUACGAGCAGUUCCCAUACGGAACCCUGGAGACCACCACAUCCCCGUAUGCGGUCAAGGAUUGCUACAGUCGAGUGCAAGAAAAGUGCAAGCAGAUAAAGUCCGAGAAGCAGAUGCGCAAGGACUGUCCCUUCUGCAAGGAGCACAAGAAGCGGCCGCUCAUCAACUACAUGCGCAAGCGGGAGCAGCGCAAGCACCAUGACAGCAUCUGCGAGGACGAGGAGGAGAUGCAUGAGCAUGAGCACGAGCACACCCACAACCACGAGGUGGUGCAGCAGCCCGCCCCAGCGCUCUCCUCCGUCCUUGCCCAACAGAGCUGCAAGGUAUGAGCGGGACGACAGCCAACGCACAGACAGCCCUGAAAACCAGAACAGCAAUUCGCAAAUGCCAUAUAAACGUUAACCAGAAGAAAGGAAAAACCUGAAAAGAAGCAAAACAAAAAAGAAUACAGAAAAAAAAGAGAAAAACAACCUAAAAGAUAAAAAGAAAAAGCUGUAAGACACAAAAGAUGGCGGCGUUGCCUAUGACAGAAAGAUAGAGGACAGCAGCUGUGCAGCUACAAUAAUCCAACGCGACUGUACUUCCGCAUCGCGAAUACACUACCAUUUACAAAGCAGGAGCCAGAACUUGAUACCAAUUUACAAGACCCUAUACUCGUAUUGUUAACACCCAUAUAAUCUUCCAUUUGCUUUAAAAAAAAAGUUUUGUGUGAAAGCUUAACAGGAAACCAAAUUGUUUACAGACAUACAACAGCUCUUGAUGAGAAAAUCAAACAACGAAAACCUGCCCGCUUGACCAACGCAUUUUUUGACCCUAGGCGAACCAAGAAAAAAAAAAAAAAGAGAAAAACCUUUAUACACGAACCACAAGGGAAGCAAAAGAAAAAAAGCUACAAAAAUAACAUUUUCUUUUUGCGUACGAGACUGAGUAAAUUGCAGUAGAUACUUUUAAAUCUACAUGUGCGUAUUUGGUUUUUUU